GUGUGCUGACCAGGUGAUUGUCCAGCGUGCUCUUGCAGCCAAAAGUCUAUCCCAUGCUCAGGGUGCGACGCUUAUGGCAGGCUUCAUUAAAGUUCUGCCUCUCUUCAUUAUGGUGAUGCCAGGAAUGAUUAGCAGAAUCAAAUACCCAAACGAAGUAGCUUGUGUCGACCCUGAUGAAUGCUACAAAUACUGCCAGAGCUAUGCAGGUUGCACAAACAUCGCAUACCCAAGACUUGUUCUUGGACUAAUGCCCACAGGUCUAAAAGGUCUCAUGAUGGCAGUAAUGAUCGCAGCGUUGAUGAGUGAUUUGGAUUCCAUCUUCAACAGUGCAAGUACGUUGUUCACGAUUGACAUUUGGAAGAAAAUAAGGAAGAAGGCUGGGACAAAAGAACAAAUGAUUGUUGGAAGGGUGUUUAUAUUGGUGAUGAUGGGCGUGGCUAUUGCUUGGGUUCCCGUUGUCAAGGAAACACAAGGUGGACAAGUAUUUAUCUAUAUUCAAGAGAUUACAAAUUAUUUUGCUCCACCUAUUGCAGCUGUCUUUGUCAUUGGGGUCAUCUGGCCAAGGGCUAAUGAACAGGGAGCAUUUUGGGGGCUAAUGGCUGGGUUUGUGACGGGACUGGCACGAUUGAUCCUCAUAUUCAUUUUUCGACCGCCGGGUCAAUGUGGGGAGGAAGAUACGAGGCCAGCCAUAUUGAAAGAUUUUCAUUAUAUGUACUUUGCAAUGCUACUUUACUGGAUUACGACCAUCGUAUGUGUUGUCAUCAGCGUCCUUACUGCCCCACUUCCACCAGAGAAGACAUGGAAAACGACAUUCUGGAGUCGCCAUGAUCCUAGAACUCUGCAGCAAGUAAGAGCUGGAGUUACACUGGAUCAGCUUAAAGAAAGCCAAGGAGAUGACGCCAAUGACACCAGAGGGAUUGAUAACCCAACUUUAAGUGUGGAUGACGUUGAACUAAAGGAAAAUGGGAAAAAGGUGUGGACAACUCCAAGUGAAGAUGUUGAGGAACAACCAACACAAGGUGGUGAUGGGGAUAAACAGAAAUGGUGCCCAAUGUCCUUGAAGGACUGGCUGUGUGGGUUUGAUUCCAUCGGGGAAGAAUCACAAACCAAAGAGAAGCAAAGAAUACUUAUAAUCACAAGUCUCAAGCAAGACAAAAUGGCGAAAUAUUGUCUGAAUUUCGGACUUAUUGUCAUUCUUGCUCUCGGCACUGGAAUGUAUAUAUUUUGGUCAACUUGGAAGUAUAUUCCAGACGAAUCGAAUGGCUAUAACACAACGAGUGCUUCAAUUUGAUGUAAAAUUAUUAUUACAUCUGCUGGUCUUACAUUCAGAUAUUCCAUAUUCCGUAAACAUCGGACAAUGAGUAGGUUGGACAAAUAAAUUGUACUUUUAAUACAAAAAUGAAAUGAAUAAACAGAUGACUGUUUUUGAAUAGC